AUGGCCGUUGAGUUUAAGGGUGGUGUGGUCAUUGGAGCGGAUAGCCGUACCACCUUGGGUUCUUACAUCGCCAACCGUGUUACUGACAAGUUAACACCAGUUCAUGACAAAAUAUAUUGUUGUCGGUCUGGAAGCUCUGCAGAUACGCAAUUUAUCGCUGAUCUCGUCCGUUAUUACUUACAGAUGUAUGCAGUCCAGCAUAACGAACCUCCAUCGGUACAAACUGCAGCCGCCUUGUUCCAAGAGCUGUGUUACCAAAAUAAGGAUCAUCUGCUAGCUGGAAUUAUUGUUGCGGGAUGGGAUAAACACAAUGGUGGUACUAUAUAUAGUAUUCCGAUAGGUGGUUCAUUGCAUAAGCAGCCAUUUACAAUUGGAGGUAGUGGAUCUUCGUUCAUUUAUGGUUAUUGUGAUGCUAACUUUAGGAAGAAUAUGUCACAGGAAGAAGCCGUAGAAUUUGUGAAAAAUGCUGUUACCUUGGCCAUGUCACGAGAUGGUUCAUCAGGCGGAUGCGUUAGAAUUGCUAUUAUCACGGAGGACGGUUUAGAACGACGUUUCUUCCCCGGAAAUGAAUUACCAG